AUGCUGGGAGGAUGUGGGGGGGGCUGCUCUCUCACCAUCUCUCCCCCCAGCCGGGGUGUCUGCGCCCGUCAUACCCUGCGGGUCCCCCUGGUUUACAACGAGACCUUCGCCCGGCCACUGCACCAGCCCUACCUCACCCUGUGCCCCGGGGGCCGCAUCUGCAGCACCUACAGGACCACGUACCGCGUGGCCGUGCGCCAGGUGACCAACGUGCUGCAGACCGACGCCAUCUGCUGCCAGGGCUGGAAGAAGAGGCACGUGGGGGCCAACACCUGCGAGGAGGCUGUGUGCCACAAGCCCUGUCAGAACGGGGGCGUCUGCGCCAGCCCCGACCGGUGCCACUGCCGCCCCGGAUGGGGGGGGCGCUACUGCCACGUGGAUGUGGACGAAUGCCGCUCGCCCGCCCCCCUCUGCCCCCAGCGUUGCCUCAACACCCCGGGCAGCUACCGGUGCCAGUGUGAGCCCGGCUUCGCCCCGGGGCCUGAUGGGACCGGCUGCCACCUGCUGCCCACCGCCCACACCGCCCCACUGCCCACACCCCCAGCGCGGGACCCCCCCGCCCCGGAGCGCCUGACCCGGCAGGUGCAGGAGCUGCAGCAGCAGAUGGAGAAGUUGGAGGAGCGCGUGGAGCGGGCCCUGGGGACCCUGCGCCGGCUGCUGCCGCCCCCCCUGGCCGAUCUGGGCCCCGCCGAGCUCGCCGAGCUCUGGAGCCGCCUCCGGUACCUGGACCGGGUGGACUCGCUCAGCGACCAGCUGCUGCUGCUGGAGGAGAGACUGGGGGCCUGCUCCUGCCAGGACGGGAGAAACGGGUUCGGAUACGAAGUGAACCGGUGACGCCCACCCCGCCCGGCGAAAAACUGAGGGGGGGGCAAGGAAUGGGGGGUGUCCCCCCCGCGCUUUAAACCCUUGUUAAUACCUCUAAUUUAUGCCGGGACGUUGCUAAUUAGCACAGAUGAAUUAAAUAGUUAAUUGGAUUCCCGCC